UUUGACCAUGAGAAGUGUACUUGCUCUGAACCAUACAGACAAACAAGAAAUCUAUCAUGGAGUUUAUUCUACUUGCAGUGGCACCUAUGUAAAGGUUCUCAGUGAAGCUGAAAAGUUCUAUGAACAAUUGUUCAAUAUAGAAUUCACAUCCCAACCCGAUCCAAUUGUGCAGGUUAUUUCUAUCCUUACUUUGCUUCUAAGCAUUGUAGGGAUGGUGGGGAAUGGAUUUGUGAUUUGGUUGCUUGGUUUCUGUAUUAAAAGAAAUCAUUUCACCAUCUAUGUCUUAAACUUAGCCAUCGCUGAUUUCAGUAUGCUUAUGAAUAAAUUUGUUUCACUUGUCAUUGACAUCAUUUCUAUGUCAAAUGGGGCGGAUGUCAAAACAAUAAAGCUACUCUUGGGGUAUUCUGUUGUCCUCACACAUUGUGUGGGUUUAUAUCUUCUGACAGCCAUUGCUGUGGAAAGAUGUAUUUUCGUUCUCUUUCCAAUCUGGGCCCACUGUCACCGGCCAACAUACUUUUCCACUACUAUUUCAGUUUUGUGCUGGAUAGUGUCUGCCCUUGAUAUUGUAACUACAUUCUUGCUUUCUUAUUAUUGUUUGCUAGACUCUUGGGUUAUAUAUAUCCGAACUAUUUCUGCUAUAAUUCUUUUUAUCAUCACACCAAUCAUGGUGGUCUCUACUCUAAUCCUAUUUAUCAAGAUAUCAUUUAGACAUCAGCCAGGAAAGCUUCACACCAUUGUACUAAUAAUCCUCCUUUUCUUCAUUUUCACUGCUGUUCCUUAUAACUGUGUUUACUUCUUGUCUAUUAUUCGUUAUGAUUUUCACAUUAUUGCAAUUCCAAUUUUUAGCCUGUUAAUUGCUCUGAACAGCAGCAUUAACCCAAUUCUUUACUUCUUUGUCGGGAAUGAGUGCAAGUGUAGAUCAUGGGAAUCCAGCAAAGUCAUGUUGCAAAGGGUUUUCAAAGAUGAAACAGAGUUCACAUAA